AUGAAGUCCUGUUACUUCUUUAUUGUUGCUUUAACAUUUGUGGUUUGCAAUGUAUAUGGUAUAAUACAUGAAGAUGGAUUCUGUGCUAUGUAUGGAGAUUGUGGAAAAAAGUCAAUUUUUGGAGGCUCUUUGCCAUGUCCUAAUAGUACUGAAGCCGUAAUUCCGUCAACCAAAUCGGUUGAAUUGCUAAAACAAAUUUGUGGAGACGACUUCGUGACUGAUAAGGUAUGCUGUACCGAAGAGCAGAUUUCUAGUUUACAGUCAAAUUUAAACAAAGCAGAGCCAAUUAUUAGCUCAUGCCCAGCAUGUCGAAAGAACUUCUUCAAUUUCUUUUGUGAAUUCACCUGUUCUCCAAACCAAUCCAAGUUUAUCAAUAUUACGAAAACAGCUACAGCAAUUGACACGAAGAAGGAGAUAGUUACUGAAUUGGAUUUUUUUGUUAAUCCAGAAUUUGCUGAUCGCUUCUUUAAUUCUUGUAAAGAAGUGAAGUUUCUGGCAACUAAUGGAUACGCUAUGGAUUUAAUUGGAGGAGGAGCAACCAAUUAUCAAGACUUUUUGAAGUUUUUAGGAGACGAGAAGCCUCUUCUUGGGGGCUCACCCUUUCAAAUGAACUUCAAAUAUAAUAUGAGUAAAGAACUGAAGCAUCAGGGGCUACAGUUGAAAGGUGGUAUCAUGAGAGAUUGCGAUGACUCAGAGUACAAGUGCGCGUGCUCCGAUUGUUCUAAGUCUUGCCCUUCGUUGCCAAGGUUUAAAGAUUUUGGGACCAAGUGUAGAGUGGGUAAGCUACCAUGUUUUUCAUUUGCGGUAAUAAUCGCAUGGUCUUGUCUAGUUUUAAUAGUGAUAGGCUAUCAUGUAUUUCUGGUUAGGUCAACGAAGUUUGAAUCUGAGGAUAUUGAAGAUGAUACCAUUUUCGCUAAUACGAGUCUUAAUACUGCUAGUAAGGUUUCAAAUAGUCUUCAAAACCUAUUUCUCACGGGAACUAAAAAAUUUUUCAAAGGAACUGCUUUUUUCUGUUCCUCUCAUCCAUUACUGACAAUAUUGAUUAGUCUUGCGGUUUCCUUCUCAUUAUCGCUAGGGUUAUUGAAAUUGAAUUUAGAAAAAGAUCCUGUCAAUUUGUGGGUAAGUCCUCAAGAACCUGCUUUGCAUGAGCUUAAUUAUUUCGAAGAUAAUUUUGGUGAAUGGUAUCGAAUUGAACAGUUGAUUGUUAGUUCACCAGAUGACCAACCGAUUUUGAACUGGGAUAAUAUUAAAUGGUGGUUUGAGAAAGAACUCGAGCUACAGAAGCUUGAUGGUGUAUCGCUCACUGAUCUUUGUUUCAAGCCUUUGGGAGAAACUUGUGCAGUUGAGUCCUUUACCCAAUAUUUCCAAGGUGACAUCGGUAACCUUAACGAAAAUAAUUGGAGGCAGAAGUUGCAAGGUUGUACAGAUUCACCUGUGAAUUGUCUUCCCACUUUCCAGCAACCUUUAAAGAAAAACCUUCUUUUUGAUAAUGAUGACAUUUUUAAUGCGAGGGCCUUUGUUGUUACUAUUUUAAUCAACAACGACCUGAAAGAUUCGAACUACACUAGUAUGGCUGUUGAUUAUGAACAUGGGUUUCAAAAAUGGGUUUCCAAAAUAAGACAAGAGAGCAAAUUGAGAUUCAGCUUCAGUACAGAAGUCUCAUUAACGGAGGAAUUGAAUAAAUCAACAAAUACAGAUAUCAAGGUAAUAGUGAUUUCAUAUUUAUUGAUGUUUCUAUAUGCUUCUUUGGCACUUGGACGUAAAUUUCCGACUACUGUCAAAGCACUAACAGAAACCAAAUUCCUGUUAGGAUUAAGUGGUAUUAUUAUUAUCCUACUUUCUGUUACCUCUUCAGCGGGAUUUUUCUCUUUCAUUGGCUUGAAAUCGACCUUGAUUAUUGCAGAGGUAAUACCAUUUUUGAUUCUUGCAGUUGGGAUAGACAACAUCUUUUUAAUAGUUAACGAAUUACGUCUUGCUCAACAAAUCUUCCCAGAAAAUAAUACUGAGCAAAACAUCUCAAUUGCUUUAGGGAACAUUGGCCCUUCAUGCUUUUUCAGUGCAUUAUUGCAAGUGUCUAUGUUUCUAUUAGCAACGAGAGUAGAUAUGCCGGCAGUUAAAAAUUUUGCGUUCUAUAGUGCUGGAGCUGUGACUAUGAACUUCCUUUUGCAAAUGACGAGUUUCAUCUCCUUGUUGGCUCUUGAUGAAAAGAGAAGGGAGUCAGGAAGAUUAGAUCUCUUUCCAUGGGUCAAAGCAACAAACCAUUUACAUUUAGAAGAUCACGAUUUGAAUACAACAGAACAGGAUGAAGAAGACAUUGAUGACAGAGGAAUCUCAAAUUUUAUCAGCAAGUACUAUGCUCCAUGGAUACUAUCUAAAGUAAACAGUAAAAAAAUAUUAGGAAUUUUCAUUCUAUGGCUUGGAGUAUCACUUAGUUUAUUGCCCCAUAUCAAGCUAGGUCUAGACCAAAGAAUUGCAAUUCCUGAUGAUUCUUAUUUGAUAGAUUACUUCAAUGCAGUUUAUCAAUUUUUAAACGUUGGUCCACCUAUUUUCUACGUCUUAAAGAACUUGGACAUUACAGCAAGAGAGAACCAGCAGAUGGUUUGCGGUAGAUUUUCAAGUUGUGAUCAAUACUCUGUUGCUAAUAUAUUGGUUCAAGAAUACAAUAGAGGCAACAAAUCAACAAUUGCUGAUCCAGCGACUAAUUGGUUGGAUGAUUUCUUGAAUUGGCUCAAUCCUGAUUUGGACCAAUGUUGUAGGUUUAAAAAGAGCUCGCCGUUUGAUCAAAGAGAAUUUUGCCCUAACACAGCACCUGAGAGGAUGUGUCAGGCUUGUUACUUGGACCAUAAACCUCCAUAUAGCUCAACUAUGGAAGGAUUACCAACUGGAAAAGAAUUCAUGUUUUAUUUUGGCAACUGGAUUGAACAACCGAGUGAUCCAUGUCCAUUGGGAGGCAAAGCGCCCUAUGGAAAUAGCAUCUCAGUCGUGGAUAAUAAUAUCGAAGCAAGUUACUUCAGGACUUCCCAUUCGCCAUUGAGAUCCCAAGACGACUUCAUAAAUGCCUACAAAAAUUCUCUCAGAAUUGUUGAAGAAGUGAAAAAAUAUAACCCUGGCAUAGACCUUUUUGCAUUUUCUCCAUUCUACAUAUUUUUCGUCCAAUAUCAAAACAUAGUGUCCUUGACUUUCAGCUUAUUAGCUGUCGCAGCACUAAUCAUAUGGGCCAUCAGUACCGUGGUUCUAGGGUCCUUUGCAUCCGCAACCAUCUUGGUCAUCACGGUCGCAUCCAUCUUGAUCAAUAUUGGCGGGGUCAUGGCUCUUUGGUCUAUAUCGUUGAAUGCAGUUUCUCUAGUGAACCUAAUUAUAUGCGUUGGAUUAUCCGUGGAGUUCACUAUCCAUAUUGCCCGUGCAUACACUCUAAGUUUACCUGAAUUGCUGUUCUCCAAUGAAAUCUUCUUUGGCUCUCAAGAUACUCAAGUAAUCAAAGCCUACAAUGCAUUAACUAACGUUGGAGGUACAGUUCUUCGUGGAAUUACCCUCACGAAAGUUAUCGGUGUCUCUGUCCUUGCAUUUUCAUCCUCCAAAAUUUUUGAAGUCUUCUACUUCAGAAUGUGGGCAGCUUUGGUACUGAUAGCAGCCGUUCAUGCUCUUUGUCUCUUACCCAUAUUGCUUAGUAUGUUUGGAGGAACCUUCGUAACUCAUCGCAAUUCAAAUGUUGUCAAUCAUAUCGAUGAGAUAACUAACACAUUUUAA